AUGAUGCGACUUCUGAACCGGGUUUUAGCCUUCUUCCGGAGGAGGAGGCAGCCGGCCUAUUACGCACAGCAGCAGAGUCUGCUGCAAGGCAGCACCUACUUGCACACUAUACGGGGAGUUGUGACAUCUCUGUGUCCUGAUCAUGGCUGGAUUGAUGACUGCAUCUUCUUCCAUAAUGUUGCCGUGACUGGCAACGUCCCACUGAGAGUUGGACAGCAAGUUAUUGCGGUUGUGGAAGAAGAAGAAACAGCUCACAGAUUGGAAGCAAUCAAAGUGGAGCCUUUCUCCCAUCCCUUUGAUUGCAAUGGGCUAUCAGGCCUCAGAACUCGACUUUUGAUUAGUUGUGUCACUGCUGUGACAAGCGAUGCUGUCUACAUUAGUAAUGACACUUACUUCUCCAUGGACAUUGUUUCUGAAGGGUUUGUGCCUUACAAGGGUGACUGGAUCCAAGUUGAAUACUCCACCCAGCCUGGCACCUCAAACAUCAUCGCACACUCGUUGAAGCCCACUAACUGUAGUCAUAUUGAUGAGGUCUACAUCAGUAACAUGCACGGAAGUCAAGGGGUGAUAGACGACGCUAUCUUUUUCACUUUGGAUUCUCUGAAACUUCCUCCUGGAUACGUUCCUCAAUUACAUGACCUUGUCGAUGUUGUCAUAGUGGAGAGCGCUCAGUCCUGCUAUACCUGGAGAGCGGUUUCCAUGACCCCAGUGCAAAUGUCGCAGUAG